AUGACUGGCCUGGAUAGCCGUGAACUGCGAGUAGCAGUGCGCAAACAAAACCCGGCAACAUUGGAUGCAGCGCUCCAGUGCGCCUUCCAGAUGCAGGCCAUUCAGAGCACCGAAUCAGCUUCCAAUGCACCGCAAGUAGUAGCAGAAGUAUGUGCUGUGCAGACACCCCAGUUCUCAGCUAACAUCGACCGGCUGUGCAAGCGACUGGACCAGCUGGAGGCGAGGCUGGACAACACCCAGACAGCCACACCAGCAUUUCAGGCUCCGCAAGGUGGACGCCGCCGCUGUUAUGUCUGUGAGAGUGUUCUGCACUUGGCAAGAGAUUGCCCGCAUAAUGACCGCCGUCCACAGUCUGGGAACCGCUUCAACCAGUCGGGAAACCGCCAAUAG